AUGCUUGUUGCAUUCUUCCUGUUGGUAGAAGCAGUUGCAUCUGAUGAACCCCAACAAGCCCUACCAGGCUGCAAUAACACUUGUGGAGAUAUACUAGUUCCAUAUCCAUUUGGCAUGGGACAUUCAACAACACAAGAUAAUACACCCUGUUACAUGGAUUCUAAAUUUGAGCUCAAAUGCAUAAAAUCAAAAUUAACCUAUGGUAAAAUGAUCCCAGUCCUAGACAUAAAUCCCCAAAGUCAAAUGGUAAUGAAAUUUUUCGUCUCACGCGUCUGUACUAACAGUAGUAGUAGUAAUAAUACUGAAGAAGCGAAUGAACCUCUUCUCAACGUUUCUUCUUUCACAAUUUCAAGCACGGAAAACAAAUUCAUAACCGUUAGUUGCGACGGUUAUGGAAUUCUCAACAGUAAUUUCAAGAAUGCAACUUAUUCAAUAGGGUGCUUAACAAGAUGUCAUAAUUAUGACCAUAAAAUGGUAAUUGGGAAUAACAUUGGAAAAUGCACAGGUUUAGGGUGUUGCCAAGUGGAUAUUCCUCCACUUAUGAAAAAUAUCACUAUACAAACAUUUAAAUUCCCACCAGAAAUAACCACCCAGGAAGAUUGUAGCUAUUCCUUUAUUGCAAAACAAGGAUCCUAUAAUUUUUCUGUAGACCAUAUAAAUAAUCUAACUAAUCAAACUUUUCCCAUGGUUGUUAACUGGGCCGUUACAAAUGAAUCAUGUCAAAUAGCAAAAACUACAGAUAGCUAUGCCUGCAGGGAAAAUAGUGAAUGUGUCGAUAAUGAUCCAGAUUAUGAAGGUUACAGAUGCAAGUGUUUGGAAGGUUUUGAAGGAAAUCCAUACCUUCCUGGAGGCUGCACAGACAUUGACGAAUGUGCAAAAAAUUUACAUGGAUGCAAAAAUAGCGCAAAUUGCAUCAACACUGCUGGGAAUUACACUUGUUUCUGUCCUGUGGGGCAAACCGGUGAUGGAACAAAGGAAGGAGGGUGCAAACUACCUGAUAGAAAAACAUAUAAAUAUGUUAUUAUUGGACCAAUACUUUUUCUUGUUAUUGUGGGGAUAAUUUCCUUCUUUGUAUACCAAAAGAGGAAAUAUACCAAAUUGAAAGCGAAAUUCUUUAGGAAGAAUGGAGGUUCUAUUUUAGAACAGAAACUUCUCCAAAGAAAAGACUCAUCUAUAAUAGCUAAUGUUUUCAAAGAAAGUGAACUAAGGAAAGCGACUAAGAACUAUGAUGAGAACUUAGUCAUAGGUAGAGGAAGUUUUGGUAAAGUUUUCAAAGGGGAACUAGAAGAUAAUAGAAUUGUUGCUAUCAAAAUGUCGAAAACAAUAGAUGAAAGCCAAAUUGAGCAAUUCAUUAAUGAGGUGGAUGUUGUAUCCCAAAUAAAUCACAGGAAUGUGGUUAAACUCUUGGGGUGUUGUCUAGAAACAGAAGUUCCUUUGUUGGUUUAUGAAUUCGUCAGCAAUGGUACUCUUUCUGAUUUUAUACACACAAAUUUAGAGAAUAAUCCAACUUGGAAAAUUCGUCUUAAGAUAGCAACAGAGGUAGCUGGAGCUUUGUCAUAUCUACAUUCAGCUGCUUCAAUACCAAUUAUCCACAGAGAUAUCAAGAGUGCUAACAUUCUCUUAGAUGAAGACAACACUGCCAAAGUAGCUGAUUUUGGAGCUUCAAAAUUAGUACCACUUGACCAAUCUGAAAUAGCCACAAUGGUGAAAGGAACUAUUGGUUACUUAGACCCAGAGUAUAUGCUCACGAGCCAAUUGACGGAAAAAAGUGAUGUAUAUAGCUUUGGGGUAGUUCUUGUGGAGCUGCUAACAGGGGAGAGACCUUUUAGUUUUGGUAGGCCAGAAGAGAGAAGAAAUCUUGCUACAUAUUUUCUGUCCUGCUUCAAAAAGGAUAACGUGUUUGAAAUUAUUGAAGAUGGUAUGUUGAAUGAAGAAAACAAACAAGAGAUAAAGGAGGUAACUGAUCUUGCGGCAAAGUGUUUGAGACUAAGAGGGAAGGAAAGACCAAGCAUGAAGGAAGUGGCUAUGGAAUUGGAAACAAUGAUCUUAAAUGUAGAGGGGAAUCAGGCAACGAAACUUAAGGCAAUGCAUCCAUUAAUAAUGCUUGUUGCAUUCUUCCUGUUGGUAGAAGCAGUUGCAUCUGAUGAACCCCAACAAGCCCUACCAGGCUGCAAUAACACUUGUGGAGAUAUACUAGUUCCAUAUCCAUUUGGCAUGGGACAUUCAACAACACAAGAUAAUACACCCUGUUACAUGGAUUCUAAAUUUGAGCUCAAAUGCAUAAAAUCAAAAUUAACCUAUGGUAAAAUGAUCCCAGUCCUAGACAUAAAUCCCCAAAGUCAAAUGGUAAUGAAAUUUUUCGGCUCACGCGUCUGUACUAAUAGUAGUAGUAGUAAUAAUACUGAAGAAGCGAAUGAACCUCUUCUCAACGUUUCUUCUUUCACAAUUUCAAGCACGGAAAACAAAUUCAUAACCGUUAGUUGCGACGGUUAUGGAAUUCUCAACAGUAAUUUCAAGAAUGCAACUUAUUCAAUAGGGUGCUUAACAAGAUGUCAUAAUUAUGACCAUAAAAUGGUAAUUGGGAAUAACAUUGGAAAAUGCACAGGUUUAGGGUGUUGCCAAGUGGAUAUUCCUCCACUUAUGAAAAAUAUCACUAUACAAACAUUUAAAUUCCCACCAGAAACAACCACCCAGGAAGAUUGUAGCUAUUCCUUUAUUGCAAAACAAGGAUCCUAUAAUUUUUCUGUAGACCAUAUAAAUAAUCUAACUAAUCAAACUUUUCCCAUGGUUGUUAACUGGGCCGUUACAAAUGAAUCAUGUCAAAUAGCAAAAACUACAGAUAGCUAUGCCUGCAGGGAAAAUAGUGAAUGUGUCGAUAAUGAUCCAGAUUAUGAAGGUUACAGAUGCAAGUGUUUGGAAGGUUUUGAAGGAAAUCCAUACCUUCCUGGAGGCUGCACAGACAUUGACGAAUGCGCAAAAAAUUUACAUGGAUGCAAAAAUAGCGCAAAUUGCAUCAACACUGCUGGGAAUUACACUUGUUUCUGUCCUUUGGGGCAAACAGGUGAUGGAACAAAGGAACGAGGGUGCAAACUACCUGAUAGAAAAGCAUAUAUAUAUGUUAUUGGAGUAAUACUUUUUCUUGUUAAUGUGUGGAUAAUUUACUCCUUAUACCAAAAGAGGAAACAUACCAAAUUGAAAGGGAAAUUCUUUAGGAAGAAUGGAGGUUCUAUUUUAGAACAGAAACUUCUCCAAAGAAAAGACUCGUCUAAAAUAGCUAAUAUUUUCAAAGAAAGUGAGCUAAGGAAAGCCACAAACAACUACGAUGAGAGCUUAAUCAUAGGUAGAGGAAGUUUUGGUACAGUUUUCAAAGGGGAACUAGAAGAUAAUAGAAUUGUUGCUAUCAAAAUGUCGAAAACAAUAGAUGAAAGCCAAAUUGAGCAAUUCAUUAAUGAGGUGGAUGUUGUCUCCCAAAUAAAUCACAGGAAUGUGGUUAAACUCUUGGGGUGUUGUCUAGAAACAGAAGUUCCUUUGUUGGUUUACGAAUUCGUCAGCAAUGGUACUCUUUCUGAUUUUAUACACACAGAUAAAUUGAAUAAUCCAACUUGGAAGAUUCGUCUUAAGAUAGCAACAGAGGUAGCUGGAGCUUUGUCAUAUCUACAUUCAGCUGCUUCAAUACCCAUUAUCCACAGAGAUGUCAAGAGUGCUAACAUUCUCUUAGAUGGAACCAACACUGCCAAAGUAUCUGAUUUUGGAGCUUCAAAAUUAGUACCACUUGACCAAUCUGAAAUAGCCACAAUGGUGAAAGGAACUAUUGGCUACUUAGAUCCAGAGUAUAUGCUAACAAACCAAUUGACCGAAAAAAGUGAUGUUUAUAGCUUUGGGGUAGUUGUUGUGGAGCUGCUGACAGGGGAGAGACCUUUUAGUUUUGGUAGGCCAGAAGAGAGAAGAAAUCUUGCUACAUAUUUUCUGUCCUGCUUCAAAAAGGAUAAUGUGUUUGAAAUUAUUGAAGAUGGUUUGUUGAAUGAAGAAAACAAACAAGAGAUCAAGGAGGUAACUGAUCUUGCAGCAAAGUGUUUGAGACUAAGAGGGGAGGAAAGACCAAGCAUGAAGGAAGUGGCUAUGGAAUUGGAAACAAUGAUCUUAAAUGCAGAGGGGAAUCGAUAGCUUAAAAGUUCAGGUAUUGAUUGACUUGGAUGAUGGAAGAUGAUUGGGAUGUGACAAAAUGCAGUUCCAUUUCGUUGUUUUAGAAGUUUUUUCAUGCAUAUUUCAUUUCAUAUGAAUAAUCCAAAUCAUUUUGUAAUUGUAAUGUAAUGUGUUUAUAUAAUUAAUGUGUUAUGUGUUUUUAUCUUA